AUGGAAAGUUCCCAAGUCCCGUUGCCGUUCAGGAUCAGAUUGGACGUGUUUGAGAGACAGCAGGAGGACGAGCACGUGUUUUUCUUUGAGGGUGACAAGCUCAAGGACCUCAAGGACAAAGAGAAGGACAAAGAGUUUGACCCCGCAGAGUUGGCACGUCCAUUCGUUUUCUGGAAGGAGGCGGAGCCGUUGAAGGAGAACCGCUUGCAUCUGAAUGCUAUCCUUCAAGCUCAGGAAGCGUACCUGCAGGCCCAGAAAGCUUCUGGAGAGCUCAGCGGCAGUGGGAACUGGCAGCGGAAAUGGUCUAUCAUGGCCGAUGGCGACGGCAUUCCUCCACUAGUGCUGGCCGAAGACGAGUAUUUGGAAGAGGUGCGGCAUGAGAGCCUUCCUCAAUGGUGGUAUGUAGGUUCGUCCAUCGAAUUCAGAACCAACAAAGGGAAAUUGUUUCGACAUGUCGCUGGCUGGGGCAGUGGUGAGGGUGAGGACAUGGUGUCUUUUCGGGCCGCGCCCGGGAAGUGCAUUACCCGACUUCAACUCCAUGAUGGUGUGUUGAAAGGUAUUGUCGAAGAAGAUUGCCAUGUACCAGAGGGGACAGAACUCGAGAUGUUCAUGACCUACUGGACACAUCCUGAGGGCGAGAUGUCCGAGAGUCGAGAGGUGAAGUGUCCCAAGGGCCAUUUGAUGCGCAAGGAUUGGUCCAGAACGGGCCACAUCUGCGACGAAUGUUCGCGGCGCGGCACCGCGGCGCGCUGUGGUGGAGGUUGCGACUACGACCUCUGUGAGAUGUGUUACAAACAUCAUCUCAAGGGCUGGGCUUCUGCGGUGCAGAGGAGGGGCUUCGCCUCAAGAGACGGUGCCAUGAAUUUUGCCUCGCGCCAUGGAGCUCCAAGCGCUGGUCCUUUGAUCCUGGGACCUCUCCGUCUCGAGAUGGAAGACCAUCCAUGGCUCGACGGAUGGCGGGAACUGCGAGAGGCCUGCACUGCUUGGACUCAACGCUUCCGCAGCCUCUACCGGCAGGCCUUAGGGACGGACCGAAACUCGGGCCGUGAGGGACCCUUUUUGCCGACCACGACACCGACGCGGACGGCCGAAAGCCCGCUGCCUGCGGGCUUGGUGGUGGAUGUCCGUAGAGGUACCCGGAUCAGGGCUUGGGGCCCACCUGAUCGCCUGGCCAUGUGUGAGAAGGCCGCGGUGGAUGCGGGCGAGUUCAAUGCUGGGCCACUUGACCGGACUCUUUAA